AUGAAGUACGUGCUGGUGAGCGGCGGUGUCAUUAGUGGCAUUGGAAAAGCCUCCUCCUCUGGACUUCUACUCAAGACGGCGGGACUCAAAGUCACGAUUGACCCGUACCUGAACCAAGACGCUGGAACCCUAGGACCACUUGAACAUGGAGAGUGUUUCGUUCUCAAAGAUGGAGGAGAGUCUGAUCUCGAUCUGGGCAACUACGAGCGCUACCUCGGCCUCAACCUGACAAAAGAGAGCAACAUCACCACCGGCAAGAUCUACAAGGCUAUUCUUGAGCGCGAGCGAAGAGGUGACUACCUAGGUCGAACCGUUCAGGUCGUCCCUCACGUUGUGAACGAAAUCAUGGACUGGGUUGAGCGCGUAGCAAAGAUUCCGGUUGACGAGAGUGGUGAAGAGCCCGACGUCUGUAUUGUUGAAUUGGGCGGCACAGUUGGUGACAUUGAGAGCAUGCCCUUUGUCGAGGCCUUGACCCAGUUUCGACAUAAAGUGGGAAGGGGCAACUUUAUCAACAUUCAUGUGUCAUAUGUGCCCAUUAUCCACGGAGAGGAAAAGACCAAGCCCACGCAGCACGCUAUAAAGACGAUGCGAAGCGCUGGCUUAAUCCCGGACUUGAUCGCAUGCCGCUGCGAGCGUGCCCUCCAUCAUGCCACAGUCGACAAGAUUGCCCGAAGCUGCCAGGUCGAGAACGAGCAGGUCAUCACGGUCCGGGAUAUCGAGUCCAUCUACCAAGUCCCUCAGCUUCUCGAGGAACAGGGCCUGCGGGAUCGUCUUGCUGAGGGAUUGAUGCUGGAUGAGCUGACUCUCCCCGAAGCUGUGGCCAAGCAAGGAUCGGACUUGUGGGCUUUGUGGAAGAAGACGGUGGCUAUCAAGCCAGGUCUGGAGCCGGUUGACAUUGCCUUGGUUGGCAAGUACACUGCAUUGCCUGAUAGCUACCUUUCUGUGCUCAAGGCCUUGGAGCAUUCAGCUAUGCGAUGCAACCGGAAACUCAACCUCGUAUGGAUCGACGCAGACCAUCUCGAAGAUGCCAUGUUGGAGGGCGACUCACCCAAAUAUCACAAGGCUUGGUCUCAGCUUACAGCUGCCGCUGGUGUCUUGGUCCCAGGAGGAUUCGGAGUUCGAUCCAGUGAAGGCCUCAUCAAGACGGCACAAUGGGCCCGCGAGCACAAGGUCCCAUUCUUGGGCAUCUGUCUAGGAAUGCAGCUGGCGGUCGUGGAAGCGGCGAGAAACCUAUGCGGAUACAAGGAUGCCACUUCGGAGGAGUUUGACGCAGUUGACCAGCACCGCGUCGUCAUCUUCAUGCCCGAAUCGUCCAAGGAAGUCAUGGGCGGUACGAUGCGGCUCGGCGAGAAGAAGACGCUCUUUACUCCCGACAGUAGAUGGAGCAAGCUCCGUGCCUUGUACGGUGAUGCUGAGACGAUGAGUGAGCGGCAUAGGCAUCGUUAUGAGGUGAACCCGGAUUAUAUCGAUGAGCUUGAGAAGGCGGGACUUUGCUUCAUUGGUAAGGAUGAGACGGGGAAGCGGAUGGAGGUUGUUGAGAUCAAGGACCAUCCCUUCUUUGUCGGCGUCCAGGCUCACCCGGAGUUUACGUCUCGAGUUGUCAGCCCUUCGUUGACAUAUCUUGGUUUCGUUGCUGCUAGUGCGGGGUGUCUUGACGAGAUCACCAAGGAGCAGCAGAGCCGGCAGUAG